ACUACGCGUACGAAAUAAAUUCUAUUCCACAGACAAACAUGACCAGUUGAUGUUUUAGAUCUCUUCAAUAAGGCCGCGUUUUCUACUCUUGGUUCUUCAUGCUCUUGCAGGUGAACAGAAUGGAUCCCCGUUGGGCCUGUUUGACCCUUUUCCUGGUGUUACUGGCGGACACAGCGAGAGGCCAAGGUUGUGGACUAUCAGCGUUUCGCCACGUCCCCGGAACUCAUUGUCGGGGAGAUGUAGUAGACAGACCGAACGUUGGUUCUGCCGAUGCCUGUGCUCAAGCGUGCUGUGACAACCCUGCCUGCAAGUCAUUCCAGUACAGCACACACAACUUCUGCCUUCUGAUAAGCAAGAUCUGUACUGAUGAGGAGAAGUUGUCUAUACCGCAUGGCAACAUGUACGAUCGGAUUCAAGGUGAAGCAAAACCACAAGCAUCAGCAGGUUGUGGACUAUCAGCGUUUCAACACGUCCCCCAAACUCAUUGUCCGGGAUAUGAGAAUCUCGUAGAUAGACCCCAAGUUGGUUCUGUCGAGGCCUGUGCUAAAGCGUGCUGUAACAACCCUGCCUGCAAGUCAUUCCAGUACAGCAUACACAACAGAUGCUAUCUCAUAAGCAAGAUCUGUAGUGAUGAGGAGAAAAAGCCUACACCCAUGGGCAACAUGUACGAUCGGAUUCAAGAUGAAGCAAAACCACAAGCAUCAGCAGGUUGUGGACUAUCAGCGUUUCAACACGUCCCCCAAACUCAUUGUCCGGGAUAUGAGAAUCUCGUAGACAGACCCCAAGUUGGUUCUGCCGAUGCCUGUGCUAAAGCGUGCUGUAACAACCCUGCCUGCAAGUCAUUCCAGUACAGCAUACACAACAGAUGCUAUCUCAUAAGCAAGAUCUGUAGUGAUGAGGAGAAAAAGCCUACACCCAUGGGCAACAUGUACGAUCGGAUUCAAGCAGGACCCUCGGGGCCCCGUCGCGUGUGUGAACACCAAAGGCUGAGCAUCAGUUGUCCUGCUGGACAACAGAUCAACAUCGUGUCUGCCCUGUACGGCAGGACCACACGGGCGGUUUGCCCCAGCGGCCCCAUCCGCACCACCAACUGCCGCAGCUCCACCAGCCUGGCUCGGGUCAGAGCCAGCUGCCAGGGGAAGUCCACUUGCUCUAUGGCGGCCUCCAACGGCGUGUUCGGGGAUCCUUGUGUGGGCACGUACAAGUACCUGGAAGUGAGCUCUACCUGCAUCCUAGCACCUCCAGCGGUACCACAAGGACCUGCAGUAGCACCACCAGCAUCACGUGCACCAGGUUGUGGACUAUCAGCGUUUCGCCACGUCCCCCGAACUCAUUGUUCGGGAAGAAAAAAUUACCUAAGCAGACAUAAGGCUGGUUCUGCCGAUGCCUGUGCUAAAGCGUGCUGUGACAACCCUGACUGCAAGUCAUUCCAGUACAGCAUACACAAAACAUGCUUUCUCAUAAACAAGAUCUGUACUGAUGAGGAGAAAAAGCCUACACCCAUUGGCAACAUGUACGAUCGGAUUCAAGGAGAAGCAAAACCACAAGCAUCAGCAGGUUGUGGACUAUCAGCGUUUCGCCACGUCCCCCGAACUCAUUGUUCGGGAAGAAAAAAUUACCUAAGCAGAUCUAAGGCUGGUUCUGCCGAUGCCUGUUCUAAAGCGUGCUGUGACAACCCUGACUGCAAGUCAUUCCAGUACAGCAUACACAAAACAUGCUUUCUCAUAAACAAGAUCUGUACUGAUGAGGAGAAAAUAUCUACACCCAUUGGCAACAUGUACGAUCGGAUUCAAGCAGGACCCUCGGGGACCCGUCGCGUGUGUGAAAACCAAAGGCUGAGCAUCAGUUGUCCUGCUGGACAACAGAUCAACAUCGUGUCUGCCCUGUACGGCAGGACCACACGGGCGGUUUGCCCCAGCGGCCCCAUCCGCACCAUCGACUGCCUCAGCUCCACCAGCCUGACUCGGGUCAGGACCAGCUGCCAGGGGAAGUCCACUUGCUCUAUGGCGGCCUCCAACGGCGUGUUCGGGGAUCCUUGUGUGGGCACGCACAAGUACCUGGAAGUGAGCUCUACCUGCAUCCCAGGACCCUCGGGGACCCGUCGCGUGUGUGAAAACCAAAGGCUGAGCAUCAGUUGUCCUGCUGGACAACAGAUCAACAUCGUGUCUGCCCUGUACGGCAGGACCACACGGGCGGUUUGCCCCAGCGGUCCCAUCCGCACCACCAACUGCCGCAGCUCCACCAGCCUGGCUCGGGUCAGGACCAGCUGCCAGGGGAAGUCCACUUGCUCUGUGUCGGCCUCCAACAGCGUGUUCGGGGAUCCUUGUGUGGGCACGCACAAGUACCUGGAAGUGAGCUCUACCUGCAUCCCUUCCAAACGUAUGGUUGAGGCGAGGGAGACCCUGCAAGGCUUACGCGACGUCUUGCUGGAUUUGGAGGAGGUAGCCGAGAUCGAGCAGGAGACCAGGGAGCUGGAAGACAUGGGAGAAGACGUCGGCAUGGCGGCUGAAGAUGACGAGUGAAAGUCAUCCAAACGCGCCUCAACUCUCAAGCGACUAUCCUAUAACUAGCAAUAAGCUUAUCGGAACUGGUCAUUUAUGACUCCACACAACCCUUUGUUAUCCUUGUCAUUGGGAACAUAAACAAAUGACAGAACAACUCAUGUGAAAGAGCAAAACUUGCAAAGAAGGACGGACGAGUCGAUAGUAAUUUAAUGUGUAAAACAUAAAUACAGGUGUUUCGAUCGCUUGAGGCAUAUUGUAGGUGCCAUUUUAGAUUUGAGAAUGGAGCACAGAAGACGAGACAGAUUAGAAUUACAUGCUUCUAACCGACUGAGAUUUAGUUAUGGGGCCCAAGUAGCAAAGGUUUGAGAGAAGUUUGAUUUACAUGUUUCUAACCUAAUAAGAUUUUGUUAUGGGGUUCAAGUAGCAGAGUUUUAAAAUGUUUGAUUUCCAUGUUUCUAACACAAUAAGAUUUAGUUAUGGGGUAGCAAAGUUUUGAGAAAAGUUGUAAGUACAAGAUUCUAACCUAGUGGGUUUAAGUUACGGGGAUCAAGUAGCAGAGUUUUUGAAAAAUGGUCGAAUUAAAGGUUUCUAAUAUAAAUGGAUGUCACAGUAAUCAUUCGGUUCAACUAACAAAAUGCUUUUUAGGGAAGUAGAUGUUACAUACAUAUAUUAUGUACACACGCACGUGCACACACACGAGCGCCCUUACCGUUUUCACAUUUAUAUAAUAUUACACAUAUUACAAAAAAUCAACUGAAAGACAAUGAUCUCAAAGUCAAAGAACACCUUUUAUCAAGCGAUUUGUAACGAAGUUAAGGUUCUUUUAUGAUCUCAUCUCAUGUCCCUCAAUACAACCUUUAAACACUGUUUCUUACAGCUUAUGGAAUUCUAUUGAUGAACAUUUUAAAUAUGUGGAAUGAUAAUAAAGUUGGUGUUCGGUUUAAA